GGUCAACGGGUUUGUCUUGACGUCAUUACGUCGGUGUCGACGGACUACGGCCUGUGCGAGCUGCACUGUUGUGUUGGAAGAAGUUAGCAAUAUCCAUGUUAAAACAUAAGCUCCUGACAGAAAACUGAUUUAAGAAGACAAGCCAUGGCUCUGACACAAGUAUCUUCAAACAAAUGUGCCGGUGGUCUCCAAAAGGUUUAUGAGCACGAAAGCACCGAGCUCAUGUGUAAGAUGAAGUUUGCCAUUUUCCUGCCAUCAAAGGCCGAGACCAACAAACUUCCAGUUCUCUACUGGCUCUCUGGCCUGACUUGCACGGAGCAGAAUUUCAUAACCAAAGCAGGAAGCCAACUCUCAGCUGAGGAACAUGGCAUCAUUAUCGUAGCCCCCGACACCAGCCCACGCGGCUGUAACAUCGAGGGUGAGGACGAAAGCUGGGAUUUCGGAACUGGAGCAGGUUUUUACGUUGACGCUACUCAGGAUCCCUGGAAAACCAACUAUCGCAUGUACUCGUACAUCACAAACGAGCUGCCUAAACUGAUCAAUGCUAACUUCUCCGCUAACCCAGACAAAAUGUCUAUCAGUGGUCACUCCAUGGGGGGACACGGAGCUCUAAUCUGUGCCAUGAAGAAUCCUGGGAAAUACAAGUCAGUGUCUGCUUUCGCUCCCAUAUGUAACCCCAUGCAAUGUCCAUGGGGUCAGAAGGCCUUUGCUGGAUAUCUGGGCUCUGAUAGGUCCACCUGGGAGGCGUAUGAUGCCACUGUGUUAGCGGGAUCCUACACUGGUCCUCAGUUGGACAUCCUAAUCGAUCAGGGCCGUGAUGACCAGUUCCUGUCAGCCAGUCAGUUGCUGCCUGAUAACCUGAUCUCCGUCUGCUCUGAGAAGAACAUCGCUGUGGUCUUCAGACUGCAGCCGGGUUACGACCACAGCUACUUCUUCAUUUAUUCUUUCUUCAAUGACCAUAUGAAACAUCACGCUAAAUAUCUAAACAUCUGAGCGCCAUCAGGCCGUUUCCUGUUUUCACCGACUUCAGAAGACUUGAUCCAGGACACAAUAUCCUCAUUGAUGCAACCACAGCUGUCACAGAGUAAAACUGCUGCAGCUUUUCCAGAAUAAAUAUUUUCAAACAUG